GCGUGCGCGGAGGCGCGGAGGAGGCGCGGCUGCUGCGGGACGCUUGGCCGGGCCCCUACUGCGGGAGAAGAGCGUGGCGCUCUUGGUGUAGGGCCUGCUGCUCCGAGGCGGCGGGGGCUGUAGCGGCGGCGGCAUGCGCGUGUGAGAUGAGGCCUCGGGUAGCCCGGACGCGAGCAGCGGCCCCCGGGGCAGCGGCGAAAGCGAGCGCGGCCUCUUCAGAGCGCGGCGCACGGUGCAUGAGGGCGAGCGCACGGGCGCUGGGCAGCCGCCGGCCACGCCGUCUCUAUAAACACUUGUUUAGGACUUGUUCGCCUCGUUGAGGCCUCUGCGCCGGGCAUGGAACCCCCGCCCGAGCCGGAGCCAGAGCCCCAGUCCCUUUCCGAGGCCUCGGCCCCCGCGCCGCUGCGCGCCCCAGAGGUGGCGCGGCUCCGCGAGGAGCAGGAAAAGGUGGUCACUAACUGCCAAGAGAAAAUCCAGCAUUGGGAGAAAGUAGACAGUGACUAUAGUGCUCUUCAAGAGAGACUGAGGACCUUGCCUGACAAGUUAUCCUACGAUGUCAUGGUACCAUUUGGCCCUCUUGCCUUCAUGCCAGGAAGACUUGUCCACACUAAUGAAGUUACUGUCUUACUUGGGGACAACUGGUUUGCAAAGUGCUCUGCGAAGCAGGCUAUGGGUUUAGUUGAGCACCGGAAAGAACAUGUAAGAAAAACAAUAGAUGAUUUUAAAAAAGUCCUGAAAAAUUUUGAAUCCAGAGUUGAAUUCACAGAAGACUUGCAGAAGAUGAGUGAUGCUGCAGGUGAUAUUGUUGACAUAAGAGAAGAAAUUAAAAGUGACUUUGAAUUUAAAGGAAAACAACGAAUUGCUCAUAAACCUCAUUCCAAACCAAAAACUUCAAAUAUUUUUGAAGCGGAUUUUGAAAACGAGGUAAAAUCCAAGGAUUUGCUUGCUGAUGAGGAACUAUGGGCUCGACUUGAAGAGCUAGAGAGACAAGAAGAACUGCUGGGUGAACUUGAUAGUAAGCCUGAUACUGGGAUUGCAAAUGGAGAAGACACAGUGUCUUCUGAGGAGGAAAAGGAAGAUGAAGGCACAGGUUUGAAUGUGGUGCCUCCAGCGACAGACUCCCUUGCCCCUGGCAGCUGUGGCAUGCAUGCUCGAAAUGCAGGACUGCCUAAUGGUCAAGCAAGUAGUCAUUUGAACUGUUCAGUGAAUGGUUCAGAUUCUUACCAUAGCAAUGAAGAGGAUGAAGAUGAUGAUGAAGAUGAUGAUGAUGUUGAUGAUGAUGAUGAUGAUAAUUAUAAUGAAAAUGAAAGUGACCACACUAUUUCAGCAGAUAAUUCUGUACCAACAAUAUACUUCUCUCAUACUGUUGAACCUAAAAGGGUUCGAAUAAACACUGGGAAAAAUACCACCUUAAAAUUCAGUGAAAAGAAGGAGGAAGCCAAACGGAAACGAAAGAGUAGUUCUGGCAGCCAUGCUACUCAUGAGCUGCCUGCCAUCAGGAGCCCCGCUGAUAUUUACAGGGUCUUCGUGGACGUUGUGAAUGGAGAAUAUGUCCCUCGGAAGUCGAUCCUGAAGUCGCGCAGCAGAGAGAACAGUGUCUGCAGCGACACGAGCGAGAGCAGCGCUGCUGAUGUGGACGACCGGAGGGCUGUUCUGAGGAGCGUCAGCUGGGAGGAGGCCCCGGGCACUGAUGCCAGUGCCAGCAUUUCAGAAGAACCCCAAGAAAACCACCCCAAGAAGCUUUUGCCUUCAGGAGUGUCUGAGGCUUUUUCUGGAACUGUAAUAGAAAAGGAAUUUUCAUCGCCCUCCUUAACACCACACUCAGCCAUUGCUCAUCACGCCCUACCCACUAUUCCAGAGCGAAAAGAAGUUCUGUCAGAAGCAUCGGAAGAGCCUGCAAAGAGAGUUUCCAAGUUCAAAGCUGCCAGAUUGCAGCAGAGAAACUAGAGAGGGCAUGGGCUUCAUCUUCUGCAGCUCAAGCUUCACUUUAGGACAUGCAGCAGAUUAGCCCCUGGAGUGGGAAGACAUCCUACUUGGCAACAGUUCUCUUACCUUUAUCAGUGACAUUUAAAAAGUUAAAGUAAAUGCUUGAAUACUGUAAAAUUCUGCUGCCUUUGUUAAUUCUCGGAACACUGUCUAAUUGGCCUUAGGAUGCAGUAGUAGCGUUUCGAUUUACUUCUCAAAGAAUACUGUCGUGCAUUGUUUUUGUGUUUUCAACUAAACGCAGGCAGUUUUGUACCAGCUGUGAUGUUGUGCUUGCCAUAUGGGCUGUGUUAAAGAAACUUUUAAAUUUUCAAAUAGAUUCAACAAUUAUAUUACUUGCUUUCACAUGUUAAAGGCACUUUAAAAAAUCUACAUCUUGUAGGUUUCACAGCUAGGUGGUUCUUUGAAAAACUUCCUUUGAAUGUCAUUCUGUAAUGUUUAAGGCAAGAAGCUACACAAACCCUAUGGAAAAUUUUGACUAGAAGAAUAUUUUGUACAACUUUUUUUUUUUUUUUUUUUGGCAAGUAAAAUUUUUAUGAAACUUGGUUUCUAAAAUGUUGUGAACUUCCUGGUUUAGAAUUGUGUGUAAAACUGUCUUUGAUUUGUGUAUAUGCUAUACAGCCACACCACAGAUUUCUUGAAUUCUUAAAAUCCCUCAAGUACCUCCUUUUCCCUGUGCGUACAGUCUUUACUGGGAUUAUCUUUUGGGAGAGAAAAGUUUGUCUAGAUGCUUUAAAAAGAAUAGUUUUAAAAUAAAGAUUUUUCUUUAAUGUU